GAGCUGUAGCACUGAAGAAUCUUGAAAUAAAAGAAAAUGCACUGAGUCAGCUGGAUGUGCCAUUUAAAGUUAAGGCAGGACAUAUUGGUCAACUUAACCUGCAGAUUCCCUGGCAAAACCUUUAUACUCAGCCUGUUGAGGCAGUUCUUGAUGGAGUUUAUUUGCUUAUUGUGCCCACAGCCACCAUAAAAUAUGAUGCUGAGAAAGAAGCCAGGCAGCUCUUGGAAGCAAGGCAAAGGGAAUUGCAAAGAAUAGAGGAAGCAAAGCAGAAAAUAGCUGACCAAGAUAAAGUAAAAGAAGAGAAGCAAGACACUUUUGUAGAAAAACUAGUCACUCAGGUCAUCAAAAAUCUUCAGGUGAAAAUUUCCAACAUCCAUAUUCGCUAUGAAGAUGAUGUCACAAAUCGGGAUAACCCCUUGUCAUUUGGGAUUUCACUUCACAAUCUAAGUUUGCAGACCUCAGAUAAGAAUUGGAACCCAUGUUUACAUGAUGAAACUGCCAAGUUGUUCUACAAGCUUGUACGACUGGAUAACCUUUUUGCUUACUGGAAUGUGAAAUCAGAGAUGUUCUACCAUGGUGGUUGUGAUGAAUCAUUGGUUAACUUAAAACUGGGAGUUGCCAGCCACAACGUGAUUCCAGAAGGUUAUGACUGUGUAUUCCGCCCAAUUUCAGCUAGAGCCAAACUUCUUAUGAAUCCUCGAUCUGAUGUUGACUUUUCAUCACCAAAAAUGGAUUUAGAUGUAAAUUUACAGGAUAUAACUGUUGAAUUCAAUAAGCCACAGUACUUCAGUGUUAUGGAGCUUCUUGAGUCUAUUGAUAUGAUGACUCGAAAUCUGCCAUAUAGGAAGUACAGACCUGAUGUUCCAUUGCACAACAAUGCCAAGACAUGGUGGAGAUAUGUUAUUUAUGGCAUCCUUGAAGUAAAUGUUCAACCUAAGCUUCAGGCGUGGUCAUGGGAACAUAUUCGAUACCAUAGGAAACAAGUGAAGAACUACAGAGAGAUGUAUAAAACAAAGAUAACAUCAAAAAAACCUAAUGAAGAAAUAUUGAAAUUGUUGGAGGAAUUCGAAAAGGCCUUGGAUAUUUUUAACAUCACUCUAGCAAGGCAACAAGCAGAAGUUGAGGCAACUAAAGCUGGAUUAAAAAUAUACAGGCCAGGAGUGAAACAAGAUGAUGAAAAUUCUGGUGGCUGGUUUAGCUGGAUAUGGAACUGGUCAAGUGAAAAAAAGGAUGAACAAAUACAAGAAGUAAAAGGUUCAAGUCUUGGAGAGCUGAUGACACGUGAAGAGAAGGAUAAACUUUAUGCAGCAAUUGGAUAUAGUGAAACAGCUGUGGAUCCAACCCUUCCAAAAUCC